GCAAAAAAUGAGGUCAGUGCUGAUCAUCUCCCUCCUCAGCUGCUUCUUUGCAGCUUACAAUGCCAAAAUCUUCUCCAAGUGUGAGCUGGCCCGCAGGCUGAAGGCUCAUGGAAUGGAUGGCUUCCAUGGCUACAGCCUGGCAAACUGGGUCUGCAUGGCUGAGCAUGAGAGCAACUUCAACACCAGGGCCUUUAAGAAAAAAUGCCAAUGCAGUAGUGACUAUGGGCUCUUCCAGCUGAACAACAAGUGGUGGUGCAAAGACAAUUCCCUCAGCAAUACCUGCAACAAAAUGUGCAGCAAAUUUCUGGAUGAUGACAUCAGUGAUGACAUUGCCUGUGCCAAGAGGGUUGUGCGAGAUAAUGGGAUGUCUGCUUGGGUGGCCUGGGUAAAUCACUGCGAAAACAACGAUCUGUCCAAAUACCUGGCCAGCUGUGACCUGUGAGACCGUCCUUGAAAAUGGCUCCUGAAGAAGGUGGCCCAGAAAGCAGGGCAAUUCUUUAAGGUCUUUAGAAGCUCUGAAUGUUCCCCCAUCUCUGCCUCAAUAA